GAUCCCUCCCCCAACUAAGCUGGAGAAGCGAUAGUGCCCGGGAGGACUCUGAUCUCUUUGUGGGGGAAAUCAGCGAAGGCAGGCGGGGCCCGAGCCCAUGUUUGCUGAGACAAGUCAGACGUCAAAGCAAGAUGUAUAAGUUAGACCUCUCGGCAGAUCCCAAGGAAAUGGCAGCCAUUGAGGCUAGAAGAAAUCGAGAAAGGGAACGACAACGUCGAUUCUUCAAUGUGCGGAACCGAGUCAUGGGGGUGGAUGUGGAAGCCUUGAACUACCAGGUGGAGGAACGAAAGCUCCGGGAGGCAACAGAGCGAAGCAAAGAUGUGGCUUAUGGUACCAAGCAUGCUCAGUAUAAUCUGGUAGCACAGAUGAUAGAAAAGGAAGAGGCAGAGCGAGCAUACCGAUUGUCCAAGAAAGUACGGGAUUUUCGGGAGCAAAGGCAGCAAUUCAAGAAUGGACAUGAAUUUGACUCCUGGAACCCAAACCAACGCCCGGAGGUUCCAGUCCCUUAUUUUGAUAAUGAAGCAUAUUUUGGCCCAGCCAGCAUGCAAUACUUUUCUGGAGAGGCCCUGCAGAGGGCCUCAUGCUUAAGAAUACAGCAGGAACAGCUCAGAUACAACCUGGAGAAACAGCUACGGGAGAAACAGGCAGCCAGAGAAGAGGAGGCACGAGCAGCUCUGCUUAGUAACCAGCUGCGCCUUGCUGUGGACACACGAGCUGCUGAAAUGGCCAGGCUGGAAGAGUCCUGUCGAGCAGCUAUAAGGACUGCUAUGGCCAAUGCCAACAAAGCCCAGGCAGCUAAGCAGGCCCUGCAGCAGCACCGUGAACAGCAGCAGCAACAGGUGGCCAACCUCAGGGAGAUCAAGAAACAAAUCAGCAGUGAUCUACUGACUGAGAAUCCUAAAGCUGCCCAACGCCCCCAGGCUCCUCACCGGGUCCUGCCCUAUUGCUGGAAGGGCAUGACUGCAGAGCAGCGAGCUGCCAUCAGGAAAACCCAAGAAGCACAAAGGCAGGAGAAAAAGGAACAACGCCAAGCCGAAAAGUCCUUGGAAGCUGAGUGGGGAAAACAAACCAAACGCUUGGCUGAAGCAGCACUGGAGCUGGAACAACAGGAGAAGGAAUUGUGUGCGGAAUUUCGAAGGGGGCUAGGCUCCUUCAACCAGGAGUUAGCUAAGGAACAGCAAGCCCGGCAAAAUUAUCUGAAUUCACUCAUCUACACCAAUCAACCUUCCAACCAUUAUUACCUACAGUUCAACAACAGCAGCCGCUGAACUAAGGAUGGUCACAUCCAUCCUCACCUGUCAGUUUCACAAGUUUCUGGCAGUCAGAAAGAAAUGCUACAUAUCCCCACUCUAGUCUCUCCCGAGCAGGAGGUAACUAAGCCCAAACCUUUCUACCCAACGUAAUAAAAGUCAUUCACUGCAAUGAACGAGUGUUGUGACCGUAUACAAAAAGUGUGAGAUACCACCUUUCCCACU